AUUCAUAAUCAUCGCCGCAAACUACAUUCUUGAACUGAAUGUCACCCCGUCGACAUGAAAACGGCCAUUCACAAUCAUAACAAAGCCGAGGGCAAAUUUCGGUACCCCAGUCGUUGAAUAAAACAGUUAAAAUGGAAGACGAUAAUCCAAAUCCCGUCAUCCAAACCCGCCGUUCUUCAAUUAAGACCCAUCCUCGUUACAACAAUCAACAAUCAUGGAAGCAGAAGCUGAGGGAAAACUGUUGCAAGAGAGUCAGAGAAGGAAGAAGCCGCUUGCUCUGGAAAAUGAGGUUGCCCAUGUCGUCGCCCACUUAUCCCCAUUCUCUCAACAAUCGACAGCAGGAUUUUAUCAAAUCUGCUUUUGAAGACAUCUUUUCUGAUGAGCUGAAAAAGAUUAAAGAUGAAUCUGUGAAUGACUUUAAUGAGAAUUUACCUUCUGUCCCUGAGGCUGCUGAUGUUCUUUGGGAAUAUGAGGGGAUUCAUGAUGCUUAUGAAGGUGAUGGUGAAGAAAUACUGUUGGAAAUGCAAAGGAUCUUUUAUGAGGAUCUGAAUGUUGAUAUGAGACAAAAAGAAUCUGAAGGGCCUAUUGUGACAUGGGAAGAUGAAGAAGACGAGUUCUUAGCCCGUGCAGUUUAUGAACAUAUGCAACUUAGUAAUGAGAAGAUUCUUGAGAAGUUCUGGUGCCCUAUGUGUAAGCAAGGAGAGCUGCAAGAGAACAGCCACUUCAUACAUUGCACUCAAUGUGGACUUCGGCUUAACAAAGGCAAUGAGGUUACUCUGGACCUCCUCCGUUGCCGGUUGGCAGAUGUGCAUGCUGAACAUCUCGAUCGGGGCUGUAGAUUGAAGCCUAAGUUUUGUGUUGAGAGUAGAUUUAACAUUACUGCAUUGUACAUCUCUUGUGAAGGUUGCAACACAUUUGAGGUUGUAAUAUAGCAUGUUAAUUAAGAACCACAUGUCUAAACGUUUGUGAUUAAAAUCAUUUUUUAUUGGUUAUGACAAAAGAUGAUUUUGACACUUGAGGUUGUGAACUUGUAACAUACCAUGCUAAGAAUCAAGUGCCUGAAGGUUUAUGGA